AUGAGAAAUAACAAAUUUCUUAAAAACAAAAGUUGUGAAUAUUCUCAGGAGCCAAACACAUCAAAGAAUACGAUCAAUCUUCGUAAGAGGUGGAAGUCAUUCUGCAAAGCAAAGCAACUCAGCUGUUUCGAGGAUUACAAACUAGAUAUGUGUCAGCUUUUGUAUAAUAUUGAAAUAGAAUCUACUGGUGAAACCCAGAAAUCGAUAAGUGUCGCGGUCCUGAAACGGAGACAGAAAAAUAUCACUCCUCGAGAAAUAGCAUGGACAGCUAAGAUCGGUGAACUGACAGAUAAAAAGAUUGCAUAA